AUGGUUUCAUCGCACAUUUGCCAGUCGUAAGUUGACCGGCGUCUUUAACGGAUCGAUUACAAUGGCAUUAUCAUACUUCCUGGGUGUUUGUUCGGCUUUGUCGAUAGCGAUACUGCUGCAACCUUACGGUGGAGGUCAAAUUUGGGCCCAGGAACUGUUUGCCUUUCCGGCGGAUGAAGUGGUUAACCCGUACUUGGAAAAUGCCAAUAAUCGCACACCGGUAUACAUACCAGGCAAAUGUAGCGCAAACGAAAUCCUCUAUCCUGGUGAUCACGCAAACGAUUGGGUGUGUGACUGCCGACCGGGAUAUGUUUAUUCCCCGCUGCAGGACAGCUGUUUUCAUCUCUACGAGCAAGGUUUCUGUCAGCCGGGAGAGUACGUCGAUCUAGAGAGACCGUCGAUGAUUGUUAAAUGUACACGCAACAUUUGUACCGGCAAAAAACAAGUACCGUACAUGAAUCAAUGUGUGGAGCUUUACCGUAACAAUAGGAUAUGUAAGAGAGAGAAACACAUCAGCUGGGUGAUCGCUAUAAAUGCUACCACGUUGGAGUUGGAUUGCGUACAGGGUACCACGGAAAUGCUCGAAUUGACAGUUCGCACGGACGAUAGUGAAGAGAAGCCAGCAAAGGAAAUGAAAAUGACACCCAAAUAA